CAUUUCAAGGACUGUCCGAAUUGAGGUGAUGGGAGAGAGAAAGAGCAGGCUUGUUCCGUCGCCAGCACGAAGAAGCAGUAUUCCAUACCAGGAACAUUCGGGUGCCCCGUUCGCGCCUCGAAAUACCUGCGCGCCGCGCACUGCACAGAAAGCUUGACUAUACUUGGCACAGGGCGUUUUUUCCAGCACCAAAACGACCUCGAUACCCUCAAGGCCCGAGAACGUCUUGGCCUCGAUCCCAUUUUCGGCGCGACAACGAGAUCGCGCCGUCACGACGCGCACCCACGACGACUCCCGUGCGCUGCCGCAUAUCAAUUCGCAUGCGCGCGCAUUGUCCUUUCGACCCUUACUGGGCGCCUCUUAGGCCAGGCUGGGUGCUUCUGCGGCCACCCCAAGGUGCAGAAUGCCAGUCACUCCGUCCCGCUCUGCCUCGAACGCCCCGAGCACGACGAACAACAGCAGCAACAGCAGCAACAACCACAACCCCACCAGCGGACGACGAUUCAUCUCACGACUUGCGUCUCCUUUCGCCGCCAAGUCGCGUAAGCUCACCGACUUCUACAUUCAAGUGGACGACCCACACCGAUCAUAUACGCAGGGCGACUCGGUGACAGGUUGCGUCAACCUGAAAGUUGUGCAACCCAUUCGGAUUACGCACGUGGUAGUCUGUUUGCACGGCUUCGUGCAGGUAUACAAGAAUCCCGGCUCCCCGCCGGCAGAUGGCUAUCGCGCAACCAGCGCGCACAUUGGAACGGGCAGGGGCAGCAGGAGCGGAGAGUACUAUGGGAACGGCUUCGCAUCGCUAUUUGAGGAUGAGGUGGUGCUCUGUGGGGACGGCAAGCUGGGCGAGGGUGUAUACCAAUUUCGCUUCGAUCUCUUGUUCCCUGAGCGGGACUUGCCCAGCAGUAUAUCUUUUGAGCGCGGGACGAUUUCCUACAUGAUUACGGCGACGCUGACGAGACCAACGACGAUAUCCCCGACGAUACAAUGCGAUCACAAAGUGUACAUGGUGGAGCGGAUUGACGUGUCGCAGCUGCUGCCUCCGAAACCGCGGACGAUCACGCUAGAACCCAUCUCCCGUCGAUCCAGGGCGAAAUCGCAAGCUCGCAAGCUAGCCGAGAAUGUGGAGCGCAAAGGUCGCAAAGAUGGAUCCGGCACUACCUCUGGUGAGCUCGAACCACGGGCCAGUCAGUCGUCCUCGGCGAUGAGCUCACAUGCCGAUGCUGCUGAAACGGGACCGCAGAGCCCUGCUCCGACGGAGGGAAGCUGUGAAAGCAUGUUCAGUAGCAGUGCAGGACGACCAUCUCAACAGGACUCCCAAAUGACCUCUUCUCGCUACAGUGAAGGCGACAAUGGCAGUCGAACCAUUACGGCUACUGUAGAGGCGCUGAAAGGUGGCGUUCUGCGCGGCGAUAGCAUACCGAUCAAGGUGCAUGUGACCCAUACCAAGCAUGUCAAAAGCUUGCAUGGAGUGAUCAUGACGCUCUAUCGCCAAGCACGAGUCGAUAUCCACCCGGCCAUACCACUGGGCCCUACCGAGAAGGGCAAGGAAGCGAAGUACGAGGACUACUAUCCUAAGUCGGUGACCGGACUUGGCGGCUUAUCGCUAUCUGGAGCUGGGUCUAGUCAUAUGUUUCGAAAGGAUCUGUCACAGCGGAUUGUGCCUCUAAUUGUCAACCCCGAAUCGUUGACAGCAGAGGUGACCGGGAAAGUGCACGUUCCCGAGGAGGCAUUUCCGACCAUUUCCUCUGUGCCUGGAGCGAUGAUCAGCUUCAAGUACUACGUAGAGUGUGUGCUGGAUAUCCAAGGCAAGCUAUCAACACAGGACCGCAACCUGGGGAAUCUUGGUGGUUUAGCCAGUACAAUGUUGCAGGGUCAAGGCUCGGAGAACCUGGGAUUAAUCAACUCGGGUCUGCAUCCUUUCAGCUCACCCAUCAUUGAUACGACGGACAUUCGGCGAGACAAGGGAGUGGUGGCAUGCACUUUCGAGAUUGUUAUCGGAACGAGGGACAACACUCGGAAAAAAGAGAAGCGGAAAGUGUCGAUCCCAGAAGUGCCCGAAGAAGAUGCGAAUAAUGCCUCUCGGCAGCGUGAUUGCCCAGCCGAUGCCCAACCUGGGGCUGCGUCGGAAGUUGAUGGCAGCUGGGCCUAUGACUAUGGGGAGUAUGGCGAUCAUUACCAGUUUCAUGGCUAUGACUAUGGCCACCAUACGCAACAUCCGAGCCAACACCCGGAUCCGGAAAUGAAUGGCACUUACAAUCAUUACAAUGGCUACUACGGAUACAAUGGCUACCAGGCGGACUAUGGCAAUUACGAAUACCCGCCUCCGGAUGGACGUAGUGUACAGGCGUCGCUAAUACCCAUGCCUCAUAUCGAAGACGAAUCACAAUUGUCGGAAAAGGAACGCGUGCAUAGGGCAGAGCAACGCUUAUUGCCGAGCCAACCUCCCACAUCGGAAAAUGGGACGGGACCCAGCUCAUAUGUAGCAACGGCACCACACCUGCCAGACGAGCAGCUCGACGUCCCUGUUGCAUCGGCUCCACCUCCUGCCCUGCUGACACCACCAGCAUAUGGACAUGGAGCAGCAUAUGCCAACGGCAUGAUAGCGAGCGACUACGCGCGAACAAUACCACUUCCAAGAACACCGGUAUACGAAGCUCGAGAGGCAGAAGUGCAGGUGGCGUCUCCGGCGACGCCUCGAGGAAUGCCGCAUCCUCCUGAUGCUGCGACCGAUGACAAGCACGAAUUACAACGAAGGCGUCUCCAGCUGGAGGCUUCGGAACCGCCCAGUGAGCAUGCGAGCGAUCCGGAGGUGGGCUGUUCGAGCAACAAUCAGGCAGCAACAGCUCCCACAUUGACGAACGAAGACUUGUAUGGUAGCGAUGAUCACGUCGAUACGUCUGCACAUUCAGAGCUGCCCCGGUAUGAACGAUAACGAUAAAGGUGGAGUUUGAGGCGUACAGGAAUAUAAGAAGAGCCGGCUGCAUGAGCCUGGUGGCAUACAGAAGGAAAAAGAGAGAGAUGAUGAUGAUGACUCGUAUGCAGUCUCUUUGAAUAGAAGCUCCUUUCUUUUCACGAGC